AUGCCCCGAUUCCCCUUGCGCAUCUUCCGCCUCCCCUACACCCGCGCAGCACGCCGGCGACGCAUGUACACAAUGAUUACCGCUAUAUGCGUGGUAAUUACAUUUAUAUUGCCAUUCUAUGUCAUUUACAAGCCCCCAAAUCUUCUGAUCCGCUAUUUUCAACAAAAGUGGCCAGAUGUGUUAUGGCACAUGCCUGCUUCUACUCUGCAACGAAAUGGGGAAGAUAUGGAUAAAGUCGUUGCCCUGACGAUCGAUGAUGCCCCUUCAGAAUUUACUUUGGACAUUCUCAAAGUAUUGGGAGAGAAUGAAGCAAAAGCAACAUUGUUCGUCAUCGGGGGCCAAGUUGGUGGACGAGAGACCAUCCUCCAACACGCAGCAAAAGCAGGGAUGGAAUUGGGAAAUCAUGCCAUGCAUGACGAGCCAUCUCGCUCCUUGACGCCAGCAGUUCUCGAGUCAGAAGUUCGACAAGUAGAAGGAUUUAUCAACGGGACCUAUGAUGCUGUCAAUCUGCCACAUCCACCACGAUAUUUUCGACCUGGAUCAGGCUUCUUCAGCACAAGGAUGCGCAGACAGAUUAAAGAAAUGGGUUAUCAGAUGGUUCUGGGUAGUGUUUAUCCCCAUGAUCCGCAGAUUGCUUACCCGAGUGUGAACGCACGGCAUAUCCUGAGCAUGGUGCGGCCUGGAAGUAUCAUCAUAUGUCAUGAUCGACGAGAAUGGACGGUUGUGAUGUUGAGAAAAGUGCUCCCAGAGCUAAAGAGAAGAGGCUAUAGAAUUACGACAGUCUCUGAGCUACUAGAGGCAGCAGGAAGAAACAAAGCGACUUGA